CUACUAGUUUGCCAGUCUGUCAGCCUCGGUCACCGCGGUAUCUGCUUGGAGAACUCGCGCCUUCCUUUUUCCCCUCGCAGAAGCCUCGCUGAGGUGGGAAGGAGAUCUGUUCCGAGUCAGUGGCAAAUGAGACGCUAGUAAACGUAGAUAGAGAGAGAGUGAAAUGGGACUUCCGGCGACGGGGAGAUUCCUCGUGGUUCUUUUGCUGGUGUUCGCGCUGGCGGAGUCGACUCUUGGCCAGAGGCAGAGGCGACCGAAUCGUCGGAACAGAGCUUGCACGGCCUCGCAGUUUAAAUGCAGAAACGGACAAUGCAUCGACAGCAGUGCUCAUUGCGACGGUCGCGAGGAUUGCGUCGACGGAACCGACGAACAUAAUUGUCUGACCACGUGUAGCGGAGAUCAGUUCAGGUGUAUGGACGGUACCUGCAUCAGCAUCGACAAGAGGUGCAACCAGAACAUCGACUGUCGCAACGGGGAGGACGAGAACCAGUGCGGUUGCGGAGAAGCCGAGUUUCGCUGCGCUGACGGAGGGUGCAUCGGCUACGAGUUGCAGUGCAACGGGGUGGAGGAGUGCUCUGAUGGCUCUGACGAGAGGGACUGCGGCCGAGGACGGAGGGAAUGCGAUCUGAGCAGGGAAAUGCGCUGUGACGAUGGACAAUGCGUUUUGCUUCGACGCAAAUGUGACAAUGUCUUCGACUGCUUGGAUGGCAGCGACGAGCGCAAUUGUGGUGUCUGCACGCCGGCCGAAUGGAAAUGCUCCAGCGGUGAGUGCAUUCCGGAGGUCGAGAGGUGCGACGAUCAGAUCCAGUGCCCCGACGCCUCCGACGAGAUCGGAUGUGUAAGCGAAUGUCCGGCUGGAACGUUUCGAUGCAACGACGGAUUGUGCCUGGACAGUAAGAGACGUUGCGAUGGUCGACCGCACUGUUUCGACGGCUCCGACGAGAUCAACUGUACCCGUAGUAAAUGCCCCGAGGGACAACUGCCCUGUGCCAAUGGUGUCUGCAUCAACCAGAACUUCUUCUGCGACGAGAACAUCGAUUGCCACGAUGGCAGCGAUGAACGCGACUGCGAGCACGCGGGCCAGCCGGGACCACCGAGCGUCGAGUGCAGAGCAGACGAGUUCACCUGCCGCGAUGGAAGCUGCAUCCCACGAUCCGCGGUCUGCGACCGAAGGCCCGACUGCCCUCACCAAGACGACGAGCUCAACUGUCGUCAAGGCUGUGCCAAGGAUCAGUUCCAAUGCUCGAACGGUGACUGCAUCAGGGCCGAUCAGAAGUGUGACAACGUCAUCAAUUGUGCGGAUGGAUCUGACGAACCCGAGGAAUGUGAUCAACCCGGCUCUCAUCCGAUGCCGGGCCGUUGCCCCAGCGGCUACAUCAUGUGCGUCACCGAUAAGAAUUGCGUGCCCCAGUCUUCCAUUUGCAAUGGAGUUCCAGAAUGCAGAGACAGAUCCGAUGAAGAGAAUUGCUAUCCACCUAGAGAUUCUCACCUGCUGUUGAAGACCUACCCCAGCGAGCAAGUGAUCAAAGAAAACCCGGCGAAGCAAGGUCGCGAGGUGGUGUUCCAAUGCCGAGACGAGGGUCCCCUUCGCGCGAGAGUACGCUGGCUCCGCGGGAACAAUCUUCCUCUACCUCCCGGAAGCCGUGACAUCAACGGACGUUUAGAAAUCCCGAACAUUCAACUGGACCAUGCGGGAGCGUAUAUCUGCGAGGCCGUGGGUUACCCUUCGUCGACUCCCGGUCAACAGCUGACCGUCUACCUGACCGUAGAAAAGUUCGAACCACCGGCGACGAGCAGACCCCACGUGUGUCAAUACGACGAAGCCACUUGCAGCAACGGCGACUGCAUCCCGAAAUCGUACGUCUGCAACGGGAAAGUGGAUUGCACCGAUGGCUCGGACGAGAUGCGUUGCAGUCCGCAUGGCUGCGAACCGAACGAGUUCCGUUGCAAUAAUACGCAAUGCGUGAGCAAGGUGUGGCGAUGCGACGGUGAUAAAGACUGCGCCGACGGCAGCGACGAAGAAAAUUGUGCCCCGUCCAGACCUGGCUCUCCCUGUCGUAACACGGAAUUCGCUUGCAGAAGCAACGAUCAGUGCAUACCGAGAAGCUAUCAUUGCGACUUCGACAAAGAUUGUCUGGACGCCAGCGACGAGAUCGGAUGCUCGCCGGUUUACAUAGUGAAACCACCACCACCCAUGAUCACUUUGAACAGGGGAGAGACCUUGGUGAUCGUAUGUUCGGCGGUCGGCGUGCCCGUUCCUGAAAUCAAUUGGCGUCUCAACUGGGGCCACGUUCCACCGAAGUGCAGCAUGAUAUCUGUGAACGGAACUGGCACCCUCACUUGUCCCGAUAUUCAGAUCGAAGAUCAGGGUGCUUAUUCUUGCGAAGGAUUGAACACCGCCGGCUUCGUGUUCGCCGUGCCGGACGCCAUCGUGAUGGUGAACAAACCUGACGAAGACGUCUGCCCGAAGGGUACAUUCAACUCCGAAGCGAGAUCCGUCGACGAGUGUAUCUCCUGUUUCUGUUUCGGAGUCGCCACCGAGUGUCACAGUGCCAAUUUGUUCACUUAUCAAAUCCCACCGCCGUUCGAUCGGCAUAAGAUCGUGGGAGUUCAGUUCCAGCCGCAGGAAGUGAACGUCCAAACAGUGUCCGUGCCUUUCUCGUAUUUGACGUCUGUGGGUCGCGACGGGUUCCACGUUUCCGAGCCCGAGUUGGGACUACACGCUCUCACGAUCGACGAUAGGAUCCCCUAUUUCGCGCUGCCUGAAAAUUAUCACGGGAAUCAAUUGAAAUCGUACGGUGGUUACUUGAAGUACAGAGUCAGAUUCAACGGCACCGGAUCACCGAAUACCAAACCAUCGGUGAUUCUCAGUGGCAACGGUUACACCUUGACUCAUAGAGGUAAUCAACUAAUACCGAAUUACAACAACGAAGAAUCGGUCAGGUUCUUCCAAGGAGAAUGGGAUAAGCAACAAGGAUGGAACGAAGUCCCUGCAACCAGAGAAGAUAUCAUGAUGACUUUAGCGAACGUCGAUAAUAUUUUGAUUAAAGUACAGUACGACGAUUCACCAGACUUGGACGUACAGAUCACUCAUAUAAUAAUGGACACUGCUGAUAUAAGGAACACGGGACUGGGGUCUGCGGUAUACGUCGAGGAAUGCCGGUGUCCUUCGGGAUACACCGGUCUGUCUUGCGAACAGUGCGCGCCAGGGUAUCAGAGAAGAGAGAACGGUCCUUGGCUGGGUCAGUGUUACUCCGCUGAGCCACCUUGUCCUCCGGGAUAUUACGGAGAUCCUAUGAGGAACAUUCCGUGCCAGACGUGUCCCUGCCCACACACUACUCCUUCCAAUCAAUUCGCACGUACGUGUCACCUCGGAUCCGACGGUCAGCCCACCUGCGAUUGUCCGCCAGGGUACGUCGGCCGUAGAUGCGAGCAGUGCGACGUGGGAUACCAAGGGAACCCGCUCAUCCCAGGCGAUAUGUGCGUCCCGACGCCCCACUGCGAUCCCGAUGGCAGUUUGAGCGUAGUCGCAGAUCCCAACACCGGACGUUGUCGAUGCAAGUUGUACGCGACGGGGCUAACUUGCAACCAAUGCAAGGUGAACACGUUCAACCUGGCUAUGAAAAACCAAUUCGGCUGCAUCAGCUGCUUCUGCAUGGGCAUCACGAGAGACUGCACCUCGUCCAAUUGGUACAGAAACGACAUUCGAGUAUCGUUCACGAAUUCCGUCAGAGACUUCUCUCUGAUCGAGUCCAAGACACCAGACGCUCCACCGCUCACGGAUGACAUUCGCCUGGACACGGUGAGACGCGAGAUCAUCUACAACGAGUUCCCGAAUCGUGGAAACAACGACGUUUAUUACUGGCAACUGCCUAGCAUAUUCCUUGGUGAUCAGAUCACUUCUUAUGGUGGCAAUCUCAAAUACACCGUUCGCUACGUUCCGGCACCGGGUGGCCAGAGUUCCAAGAACAAUGCUCCCGAUGUGGAAUUAAUCAGCGCGAACGAUAUCAAUUUGUUGUACUUCUCCCGAGAAUUUCCCGAGCCGAAUACACAGCAGACGUUCACCGUUCCUCUGUUAGAACAAUAUUGGCAACGGAACGACGGGACUCAGGCUGAUAGAGAACAUUUAUUAAUGGCUCUAGCCGACGUGCGCGCUAUUAGAAUUAAAGCUACGUACACGACACACACAGACGAGGCUGCUCUAUCGUUAGUAUCGUUAGACACUGCUGAGAAGUAUAAUUCCGGUCGGGCUAGAGCAGUAGAAGUCGAGGAGUGCUCUUGCCCCGUGGGUUACAAAGGUCUCUCCUGCGAGGACUGCGACGUUGGGUAUACGAGAGCUAGCGAGGGUCUUUAUUUAGGAUUCUGCGAGCCUUGCAACUGCAACGGACAUUCUAGUCAGUGCAAUCCUGACACUGGAAUAUGCGAGAACUGCCUUCAUCACACCACCGGCGAUUCCUGUGAAAUUUGUGAGCCAGGAUACGACGGCGAUGCGUCUCGUGGAACUCCCAACGACUGCGUUUACAGAGGAACAGAGAGGCCCCCGUGUAUUUGCAACGAAUCUGGAUCGCGUAGUAGUUUCUGUAUCGGCGAUCGAUGCGACUGCAAACGCAACGUCGAAGGACCUCAGUGCAAUCGCUGUCGCCCAGGCAGCUUCGGGCUGUCUACAGACAAUCCAGACGGUUGCAGCGAGUGUUACUGCAGCGGAGUCACCGACCAAUGCCACGAGAGUUCUCUUUACGUUCAACAAAUACCCGUCUGGGUUUACGAUAAUCAACACGGUUUCACGUUGACCGACGCGACCAGGCAAGAGGUGAUCGACGAUGGUUUCGAAUUGAACUUCGCCAUGAACGAAAUUGGUUACCGAUAUCCUGACAGCAGAGGAAGAAGGCUCUUCUGGUCGCUGCCUGUCAUUUUCACGGGCAACAAAGUGAAGAGCUACGGCGGCAAUCUCACCUUGACUCAACACAUAACGGCUUAUCCCGGUGCGCAGAGCUACAAAGAUCAAGAUAUCAUCUUAGUCGGCAACGGAAUCACUCUCUUCUGGACGAAUCCUAAUGACAUCCAACCGGAUGUUCCUCUGACUUACUCUGUACCGCUGAGGGAGUCGGAAUGGAAACGUUUGACCACCGAGGGACCUCGGGUGGCUUCGAGGAUCGACUUGAUGACCGUGUUAUCGAACCUGGAGGCUAUACUAGUCCGCGCGACGCACAGUGAACGAAUGUCAGCUACCUACAUCAGUGACAUCAGCUUGGACACAGCUGUGGAACACCUGACAGGGAACAGAAGAGCGACUCAGGUAGAGGUUUGUAGAUGCCCGACAGGCUACGUGGGAACAUCUUGCGAAUCUUGCGCUAGAGGCUACUACAGAGAUACGAACGAUCGAUCCGUGAGCUACUUGGGUUCCUGCAAGCUGUGUCCUUGCAACAACAACGAGAAGAGCUGCGAGAUGACCAGGAGCGGCCAAGUGAAGUGUCACUGUCAACCAGGAUACGUCGGCCAGCAUUGUCAGGACAUAGGUAAGCUGAUGGUUAAUCUAACGCCAAUGUCGAGCACGGUAAAGCCGAACACGUCGAUUAUGUUCACGUGCAGUUACGAGUUCAUGGACUCGUUGUAUAUCACUUUUAAAUUGACUCCGCUCGAUUGGAGACCAUUGACCGCGAGCAGCGGCUAUCCAGGCCCGAUCGAGAGGAAUCCGAAGGGCGCGUCUAGGAGGUGGCAGGUUUACGCCCGGAACUCUCCGUUCAACGUGGAGUGCUUCAUCCGGGAUCAAUACGGCAAGGAAUUGAUCAAAGUCGUGACAUCGAUUACGCCAGACGAAACUUCCACGGGACCCACCACUCCGUACCCUCCUAUACCAACACCGAAGAUCAUAGUUUACAUCCAGGGACCGGAGUUCCAGAUUGUGGAAACCGGAAGUACUGUUCGGUACCACUGCUCCGGAAGAUCUUUGGACAAUGGAUCGUUACGCGUCUUGUGGGAGAAGCAGGGUGGUCAGUUGCCACCGGGAAGGAGCGUCGACGAUAGCCAAGGCUUGUUAAUCAUCCGAGACGUGAAAGUGUCGGAUAGUGGUACUUACAUUUGCCAAGUGACCGACGGGGUUUACAUCGGCCAUAAGAACGUGACUCUCACCGUUGGCGCUUUUCCGCAAAGCUUGCUCGACAUCCCAGGCUCGACAGAGGCACCCAGGGCUGUGAUUCAACCAUCGUCUCUGGAAGUGUACGUCGGCGAACCCGCAGAGUUUAGAUGCGAAGCUACCGGAAACCCACCGCCUCAAAUCGAAUGGAUUCGCGUCCACGGUCCCAUGAAUCCGGAAGUGGUAAUCUACAAUGGAGUUUGGAGUCUCAGAGCUGUAUCUAGGAACGACGCUGCGGAGUACAAGUGCGUGGCGAGGAACCACUUGGGGACAGACGAGAGGACCUCGAUCCUUUACGUCAGAGACAAUCCAACAGGGCCACCGACGACAGGCAUACCCCCGACUAUUAUUCCUUCACAGUGGAUCGGACUGAUAGGCGAAACUAUUGUCGUCACUUGUUUCCCGUCCCAAGCAGCGAACGUCACCUGGUCUCGCGAGAGGAACAUUCCAUUGCCGUCGACAGCCAGUCAGAGCGAAGGCGUUUUAACAAUCAUUAAUCCGAGCACUUACGAUUCCGGUAUCUACGUGUGCACGUCCAUCAGCAGCGUAGGAACGCAGGCCAAUAAUACUAUCAACAUUAGCGUAAACAGAAGGACUCCGCCGUCGGUCAAGGUAAAACCCGAGAGGCAAACUGUCUCCCAAGGUAGCGUAGCUGAGGUGAGAUGCGAGACAAGCGGAGAACCAGGUCUACAAGUGAGGUGGAGCAAAUAUUUGGAACAACUAAGUUCGAACGUGCAACCAGUGGGAGACCGCUUGAGGAUCGUCAAUAUUCAGAUCGCUGACAGAGGCGUCUACGUCUGCCACGUGACUGGGCCGAACGGUGAGACUCACGAAGCCAGUGCCAUUGUCGAGGUUGAACCCAGGGAACCAGCGAGAGUAGAGAUUUACCCUAAACAAGUGCCACCGGUGAUUCUGGGCGGCUCGACGGAUCUCCAAUGUCGAGCAAUCGCUGGUAUCCCCAUGCCAGAGUUGCAAUGGUCCCGUCAGGACGGCAGGCCGUUCCCAUCGAACGUCAAACAGCUUCCUGGUGGAGUAUUGAGGCUCUCGAACAUCACGGCUAACGACGGUGGCGGAUACAUUUGCUCCGCCGUGAAUUCCGUCGGUUCGAACACUGCUACAGUAUACAUAGAGGUCCAUUCCGUGCCUGUGAUCGUGAUCUCGCCCAGAACUGGUAUCUUGAACGUGAAACCUGGCGACAGGGUGCGAUUGAUGUGCAGCGCAAGCGGACACCCGCAACCCAUGGUCUACUGGAAUAAACACGUAAACAGAAUUUUGCAACCUUUUGAUGCAACAUCCCCAUUUUCCUCUAAACCGUUGAGCGCCGUUUUUGAGAUAUAUUCCGCCUCCAUCGAAGACGAAGGCUCGUACACUUGUUACGCGAACAAUGCAGCGGGAACUGUGGAGGAACGCGUUUAUAUCAGCGUCGAAGAUGAUUAUCCACCUUGCAGAGGCGACGUUCCCUGCCCGGAUCCCAAUCGUCCACCCAGUAGCGGCCAGGUGGACGAUAGAACACCAACGGAUUAUGUCAGGAUACCAGAAGGCGGCAAAGUGGAGAUACGCUGCCGCGGAGAGCUCAUUGAUAGAUCUAAGAUCUAUCUGGAGUGGAGUAAAACCGAUCGUAGGCCACUGCCUCAAGGUAGCACCGUGCACGAAGGAGUACUGGUCAUCCCCGUCGUGGACAAGAGCGCAGCCGGUGAAUACGUCUGCACCGGUACAGAUUCAGCUGGCAAUGUUCUGUUCAUGCGGAAAUCCCAACUCGAGGUGCUAUCGCCGCCUAGAAUCAUGCUAGUCCCACCGAGACAGACCGUCCGUGCUGGAGAGAAUCCGUCAAUUGUCUGUAGAACGACCGGCGACGAACCGAUGACCAUCGAAUGGGCUGCUAUCAGUCGCAGUCUUCCUUAUUCAGUCACCCAGGAGAGAGGAGUUCUUCAAUUCCACGGGAUCACAUAUUCUGAUGCUGGAAAGUAUGUCUGCAAGGCUAGUAACGACGCUGGCACCGCUGAAGCUGUUGCCGAGGUUUUAGUAAACAAACGUGAAGAAGUCACGGCUGAACAGAGAGACAUAGUCACAUAUGCCGGGCAGCCCGUGCGUUUACGAUGCAUGGUCAGAGAAAGAGCAACCAUACACUGGAGCAGAGAGGGUCAACAGAUGCCAUCGAGUGCCAGGAUAGAAGACGAUUAUUUAGAAUUACCUAGAGCGAUGCCGGAAGACAGCGGAAGGUACAUCUGCCAGAUCCAUACGCCACACGGAGUGUCCAGCGAUUACAUCAACCUAAGCGUCUCGCUAGUUAAUUCGGAUUGCACGCGAGCGAACCAAACCCAGUGCAGGUGCGUGUGCAACAUUCAAGGAUGCUUUCUGUUGGGUUACUUUUGCAACGUCUACCAGAACGUUGUCUACGAACCAACGCCGAUUCGUCACUACGUUCACCAACGACGCGCAACCGGAGUUCCGGCCGUUAGCGUCGAAGUCUCUCAAGACCCGGUGAACAUCGGUGACACUAUCGAAAUACGUUGCGCCUGCUCUGGCGCGCAUGAUCCCCGUUACCGUUGGUCCAGACCUAAUCAUCCCAGCUUGCCAGAGAACGCGCGUGAAUACGGUAAUGUUCUGAGAUUGACCAACGUCGCCGUGAGUGACAGUGGAUUAUACAGAUGCACGGCGGACACCCCCGAAGGAGUUUUCGAUCAGGACUUCAACCUCGUCGUUCAUGGUGGAAACAACGACGCACCAGCGAUCGAGACGAAACACGCGCCUUACGGGUCCAAUUUAGAGAUGGACUGUCGUCCGAACAUCGAGUCACCCACGAAAUUCCAGUGGACCAAACUUGGAAGCAAUCUCCCGCCCGAUGCUCAAAUCGCCGAGAAUAAAUUGAAACUCAUCAACGUGAAAGCGGAAGACGCUGGCACUUACGUCUGCUCUGUGAGCAACGAUCACGAGAGUAUCGAGAUACCAACGGUGUUAGUGGUAACGGGAGUGGUGCCGCUCUUUAACCAGGCGCCUCAGAGUUUCAUAGCAUUGCCUCCUCUAUCAGACUCCUAUCUUAAAUUCAAUAUCGAAGUUUCGUUCAAACCGCAGAGCUAUGAUGGGAUUAUUCUGUACAACGACGAGACCAACCGCGGUAAAGGAGACUUUAUACUUUUAGCUCUUGUGAGAGGCUACCCGCAAUUCAGUUUCGAUCUAGGCUCUGGCCCGGCGGUAAUUCGAGCAGACAAGCCCGUGACGCUCGGAGAGUGGCACACCGUGAAACUCCAACGUAAUAGAAAAGAGGGAACCAUGCUGGUCGAUGGUGAAGGUCCUUACAAGGGAAUUGCGGCUGGUAGGAAGCAAGGAUUGGACUUGAAAGCUCUGUUAUUCGUCGGCGGCGUUCCCAGCGACAGUUCGAUCACCAAAUACGCGGAGAUAAAAACCGGUUUCGUGGGAUGCAUCAGUAGAUUGGUGAUCGGCGAAAAGGAAGUCGAUUUAAUCGGCGAUCAAACUGACAGCGUGGGGAUAACUAAUUGCGAGAUUUGUGCCGAGAAUCCUUGUAACAACGGUGGAGUUUGUCAAGAGGCUGCCACGAAGAAUGGAUACACCUGCCUCUGUCGCGCUGGAUACAGUGGAAAGCACUGUGACUACGUUGGACAAUCCUGUUACCCUGGUGCUUGCGGAGAAGGCAAGUGCGUGGAUAAAGAGAUGGGCUUCGACUGUUAUUGUCCUUACGGAAAGACAGGCUCUCGCUGCGAGAACUCGAUGAACAUAAACGACCCAGCCUUCCACAACGACAAAUCGUUCAUAGCACACAAUACACCGAAAGCCUCUCGACGAUUGAAAGUGGCUCUGAAUUUCAACCCUUCGGACGACCAGGAUGGAAUUCUCUUUUACUGCGCUCAGUACGACGAGGGCCGCGGUGACUUCGUCGCUCUCGUAGUGAGAGACAGACGAGUCGAGUUCCGGUACGACGUCGGUACCGGUCCAGCGAUCAUCGCGUCGAGCCACAUCCUUCAGCCAGGCGUCUGGACGCACGUGUCUGCUGUUAGGGAUUUUAAAGAAGGAAAUUUAACUGUGAACAGCGAGCCUACUGUACAUGGCAAGUCCCGAGGGGCAGCGCGUACAAUGACGCUUAAUACUCUGCUCUAUAUCGGAGGUGUCGACAAGAGGAAGAUCGUCGUAAACGAGAACGUGGGAGUGAAUAGAACUUUUCGCGGUUGCAUCAGCGAUCUGGGGAUCUCUUCGGUGAACAUAGACAUUCUGAAAUCGGCAGUAGACUCCGCGAACAUAGACGACUGUAACGUUCUCCACCCUAAUCAAAGUAAGUUCAUCGGUCUGAUCACAACUCCGCCGUCGACCACACCGUACGAUCCUUGCGCUUCGAAUCCCUGCGUCCACGGGAUUUGCCAGACCGCCGACUUCUACGAUUACUCGUGCACUUGCGAGUACGGCUACGUGGGCAGGAAUUGCGAGAAGAUAUUGAAACAAUGCGAGUUACAAUCGCCGUGCAUGAACGGUGGUACUUGCACCGAUUUGCCAGUCGCCGGCAAUUACAAGUGCGAUUGUAAACUCCGAUUCAGUGGACAGAACUGCGAAAAAACGGCUGAGAUAUCGUACGAUGUCACAUUCAAAGGUGAUGGCUGGUUAGAAUUAGAUAAAUCGGUGAUGACACACGAGGAGGAGCGUGAAGUAUUAGGUUUCGAAAUCUCAACGAAUAAAACCAAGGGUUUGAUCAUGUGGCACGGGCAGACACCGAACGAUCUCAACCCCGAUCACUACAUGGCUCUAGCCGUGAUCGAUGGGUACGACAUUUCCAUUAUUUUAAGAACAUGUACUGACUUAAUUUAUUAUCGUUUCAGGUACGUGGAAUACCAGUAUAAUCUCGGCGCGGGUCCGGUGGUGAUUCGAGUAACGGCACAGAAGGUGGACGACGGGGAGAGACAUAGGAUAAUUCUAAAACGUCAGGGAAGCGAUGGUAGUAUAGAAUUAAACGGGGAACACAUGGAGAGUAGCGCUAGCUACGGAAUACAUCAAGAUCUCAAUGCCAGGGGUAGCGUCUACUUGGGAGGGGUGCCCGAUUAUGCUAUGACUUAUGGCAAGUAUCAAGACGGUUUCUCAGGUUGCAUCUAUACCAUGGAGGUACAGGACUCCGGGGCUAUAAAUAUUGGCGAGAAGGCCUUGAGGGGGAAGAACGUCGCUCCGUGCACCAGAGCGAGGUGGAUCCCAUCUUCGUUGGUAUACACCAGCGCGGACACGGACACCUUCGACGCGUUCGUACCCCCGCCCCCCGUGAACAUAAUCCAUCCGAAGCCGGCGGUGAACUCGGUGGCCGGCCGCAACGUUAAAACUCCUCACUCGUUGCUCAUUUUGCUGGAAAACCUGCUCGCCUUCGCUGUCGACGACGCGAUCCCGACAGUAUUAUGCGUAGACGCCGUGUACGCGAUCAAAUACUUCCUCAGUUAAGUGUUUCUUAAACCGAAGAACGCGUGUCCCAACGCGCGGUUCCCUCGCGUUGAGACACGCGUUCCGAUCCCUGUAAUUAAUCCGACUUGUAAAUUGUUCUAACGCUUCGUUGACGCUUGGAGCAAGGUAUUGGGACGACAAGCUUCCAGCGAGAGGAGAUCUUGAAGCGUUCCGCAAUAAAUUCACAUCGUUCCGUAUCUUGCUCUAAUUAAAAAUAAG